AUGCAGGGCACUCUUCUUACGCUCCUGGGGCUUCUGCCCGUUUUUAUCAACGCUCAGUUGUCAGGAUCUGUCGGACCUCUUGUUGACUUUGCAACAAAAGCCCGGAACAAGACCUGCGAUGUUACCGACUACGGCGCCGUUGCAGAUGGGGAGACCGAUAUUGCCGAUGCUCUCUUGAGUGCAUGGGGCGAUUGCGCCGUUGGGGGUUUAGUUUAUAUUCCCCCCGGAAAUUAUUCCAUGAAAACCGCCAUUGAGCUCAAACAUGGACAGUCAUCUGCGAUCCAGCUGGAUGGUAUCAUCAGUCGAGGUGCCGAUUUGGCAUACCAGAUGAUUCUAGUCCGCGAUGCGGAUGAUUUCGAGUUUUUCAGUGGCAAUUCCAAAGGUGCCAUGCAGGGAUAUGGCUAUGAAUAUCUCCAGUCAGGAGAGUACGGUGUCCGCUUCUUCCGUUUCCAAGAUGUUACAAACUUUUCCGUUCAUGGAUUUGCUGCUAUCGACUCGCCGUCUUAUUACUUUGUCUUUGAUACUUGCAGCAACGGAGAGAUCUACAACAUCCUUGUGCGUGGCAUCGUCAUUGGAGCGACCGACGCUUUCGAUAUCUGGGGAGAAAAUAUUUGGGUCCAUGAUAUUGAAGUCACCAACGGUGAUGAAUGUGUUACGGUCAAGUCUCCUUCCACCAAUAUGUUGAUUGAGAAUAUCUAUUGCAAUCUUAGUGGUGGGACUGCUAUUGGAUCACUCGGGACUUCGACAGACAUCAGCAACAUCCAUUAUCGGAAUCUCUAUAUGAAUACUGCGGAUGCGUGCUACCUUAAGACGAACAAUGGCAAUGGCACCGUCAGCAACAUUAUCUGGGAAGACGUGAUUGUGCACGGCGGUCCAUACCCACUGACCCUCAACGAGGCCUGGGGUUCCGACUCCGGUUCUAUUGGUGUCCAGCUUAAGAAUUUGACGUUCAAGAACUGGCAUGGCGAGAACGCCGCAAACAGCCGCCCAACGAUUCGCCUCGAGUGCGACGCCGACGUUCCUUGCUACGACAUCACAAUUGAAAAUGUCAACCUAUGGACUGAUGAUGGCGACUACGUCUACUGGAGCUGCCAAAAUGCGUACGGAUCUGGUGCCUGUCUCGCCGAAGCCGAUAGCACCGCCGAUCUUGCGACGUACAAUACGGUAGUAACCAUUACUGCCACUCCAUCAUACUCUACCCGUACUAUGGCUAGUGACUUGACUGCUAAUCCUCCUUCAGACUCGCCAUUCACUAUUCCGCCGAUGCCGACCAGCUUCUUCCCAGGAGCGACUCCGGUGUCGAAGCUUUUGCACUUGAGUGCUGCGGGAGGUCUGUGA